GCUGCAGCAGUCAAUCCCAUCAACCAUCCUACUACCCUCCCCACCAUCGAAGCUGUGCUCCUGUGAAUUGCUACCCUCCCUAAAAUUUUCGACACUUUUACUAGCGCCAAAAUCUUGGGUCGUAUGAUGGAAACAACUAACAAGUUGUGCUCCGAAUUGGUACAAUACUUUGGAGAUGAUGUCAUAAUAGCCGACUCCCUUGAAGAAGUGCCGGACAUAGAAGAUAGCGAUGAGAAGACGGAGGAAGACUUAAUUUCCGGCGAAGUGGAAGAGGUGAGCUCACGACGCUAUUCUGAUGUCCUACCUCGGUGCUGGGAUGAGCUGGAGAGAGAGAGCCUUCACAUAAUCUUGUGCAAUUGCGCAUAUGGAAUGACUUUUGAAGAGGUAUUACUUCAUUUGAAUCUGCCACUCAAAGUCAGUGACAUCAAUUUAGCUAAUCCUAAUCCAUACUCUAAACCCGUUGCUCCACAUAUCCUAGAGACACUUGAUAAAUUUCUUGAAAUCUAUCUUCCAAGAAUUUCAGAAGUUGAAAGGAAACAAAGGCGGCCGAAGAAGGGAGCAGGCUUCUCCUAUCUGGAUCUCACCAACAUCUACAUCAUCAGGCCGCAGAGCAACGCGGGUGAAUAUUUGGUCGCCCAGAUGUACGUGGGGCCAUUUGGUAGGGUUAGGGCUCCCAGGCCGAUAGACCAUGUUCUUAAUCCUCCGCCGGGGUAUUUUGGGGUGUACCCCAUGAGUUUUGCCAAGGGGAUCAGGUUUCCCCUUCAUCCUUUCAUCACGGAGUACUUAGAUAUGGUGGGGCUUACUCCGGCCUUGUUGACUCCGAACAGCUACUCGCUAAUCGUCAGAUUUCUUCUUCGUUGCGCUGAGUUGAACUACAAGCCGACGACGGCUCUGUUUAUGAACCUGUACCAGAUAGGCCGAGGGAACCAUAAGAAUUGUGCCUGCUAUGCCACUCUUGCUCUUUGGAUUUCACUCACCUACCUCAACUAACUGUUCCUACAAGAUAAUCACCAUAAAGAUCUGAUCUUUACGGCCUUUAUAUGAUUAAAAACAAAAAUGCUUCCUGGUGAUUUCUUAAGGCUUAUAUUUCGAUGCAUGGAUUGUGGCUUUGACCGUGAAUCCUUUGGUUUAACCUGUCACCAUUGGCUAAAGAUUCAAAAUUCAUCCCAAAGAUCCUUACAGUUCCACUGUUCACUCAAUCUGCCAUGUUCUUCCUCUCCAGAAAUAUCUCAAUCAAAUAUUAAUGCCUCCCAUUUGUUUACGUUGCUAAAUCGUUUUCAAAACCUUCAAUCAUUAUGUGUGUCCGGGUGUAGCGAUCUGCCUGACUCGGCUUUGACUCUGUUGAAUCAAUAUGGCUCAAGGUUGAAAAGUCUGAACUUAGAUUGUUGUUUCAAAAUCACUUCUAAUGGACUCUCCUUUGUCACCUCUGGCUGUUCUUCUUCUUUGACUAUUCUCAGUCUUUAUCAUUGAAAUAUAACCGAUAUAGGGUUGGAAAUGUUGUCUAAGUCUUGUUUUUCAUUGGAAGAUAUAAAUCUUGUGUAUUGCUACCUUAUAACAAACAGAGGGGUGGAACUUGUUUCCCAAAACUGUCGUCACCUUCACGCUAUCAGGAUAUCUAACUGUAAGAGCAUUACUGGUAUUGGAUUUCAAAGAUGUCCCGGUACACUAGCAUAUGUGGAGGCGGAUUCGUGUAGGCUUGAACCCGAAGGUGUGAGGGCCCUACUCAGUGGGGGAGGGGUCGAGUGUCUUAGUGUGCUGAACUUGAGUUGGAGCAUUCACGGGGAUGGUUUGACUGCAAUAGGGACCGAAUUCGCUUCAAGGCUGAGAGUACUCGACUUUCGUUUUUGCAGAACGAUAGGUGAUGCUACAAUCACAAUAAUUGCCAAGGGUUGUCCAUUACUUCAAGAAUGGAAUUUGUCCUUGUGUCACGAGGACAUGGUUUUGGGAUGGAGGGCCGUUGGGUCAAACUGUCAUCAGCUGAAGACACUACAUGUAAACUGGUGCCAUAAUUUGUGCGAUGAGGGUUUGCGUUCCAUUGGGAACAACUACAAGAGGUUGUCGAUGUUGUACAUCACCCGUUGUGCCCUGUUGAGUUCCAAAGCCAUAGAGAUUUUUAAGGUUUCAAGAGGUGGUGUGGAGAUAAGUGAAGAUGAGAUUUCAUGUAUUGCACCAAAAGAAGCAUUCAGGUUUUAGUUGGUGAAAUAGAUUACUCACUACAUCAGUGUUAAUGCAGUUAGCUUGUGUUCCAUUUGUCAGAACAUAAUUGAACAUUCUCAUGGAACACAUUGUAUUCUGUCAUAAAAUAAUUGUUGUUAUUAUAAUAAUAUGAUUAUUGUUAUUACUA